AGCACGAACCACUUCCCUUCCCUCCUUGUUUAUUAAUAGUUCAUCUCUCCCUCGCCCGCCCCUCGCUCUCCCUCGCUGUGAAUAUCAUCCCCUACUUGAUUUUUUAUUUGAAUUUUUUUGUUGAGGAUGCGUUCUACAGAUUCGCAGAUCCGCUAGUUUUCCGGGAAUUCCCUCUGAUUUUCGUCACGUGCCGUGAUUCUCAGCGUGCUUCACUGUAAUAUAGUUAUGCAAGGGUGUUUUCUUAAUUGGUGGGAAUAGUUGUUUUUUACAUGCGGUGCAUAUGGAAGUGUCUUUGAAUGGUUCAUGAAGCAAACGGAAUUUUCGACUAGGGGCACAGGACGCUCCAAAUAUCUUCUCUGCACAUCAAUCUUGAUCGUUCUCAUUAAAGGGUUUUAUCCUCGGAACGUUGUGAGAUAUUCUUAGACCAAAGUCCUUCCAUUACACUAAGAAUGGACCGGUAUGACACUUCAGGUUUUGUAAGUGGAGGAGGUAGUUGAUUAGAAUUUCUCCCAUAGUUUUGGUAUGUACAUUUGCCCUGUAGCACGUGGUUGAUACUUUUCGGCUAGUUAGGCACCUUGUUCUUUGCCAAUGCAUUGUGCAUUAUUCAGUGAAUGGAUCUCAACAAGAAUAGCAUGUUCUCCUUUCAAACCUGUGAGCUUACAAAAAAUGAUGACCUUGGUGAUACCACUCUGCGGUUGAACUGUCUUGGCCAUGGUGGAAGCAACAUCACCAAGUUUGCAAAGACUAGAAGCAGCAUUUUAUCUUCAGAUGUUCCUGAUGAUGGAUGCAGAUUAGUGCUUGGAUUGGGCCCAACACCAACAACGUACCGCGAUUAUUGUUGCCAUGGGCUUAACAAGAACGAAGGCUCAUCCUCUGUAUUGCAUCAGGGGAUGUUAUCUGAGAGUGAUUCAAUCCUUAAACUUGGCCUUUCUGGAGGGACUGAGGAGGUUUUAGGCAUGCAUGAAUGCUCAGUCUCCGCACAGAUUGAUAUGAAUGCACCAUCAUCAACAGAUCAAGAUUUGUUUGAUGAUAAUAGGCUUUUGAUUCCUGUUGUUGAUGAAGGUUCUACCUCGGCAAAAAAAUCGGGCGGCUACAUGCCAUCUCUCCUUUUGGGUCCAAGAGUGGAUAGUGGCAACAUAUCCUUGCAGACCCAGGAGUUGGAGUUUGGGACCAGCAGAUCACUAUAUCUUCGUUCCCAGUUGAGCCCUGAACCUUCUAUUACCACUGAAUACUCAAUGGACACUAUCUCUGAGCCUGCAGCUGCAGGUACCUCUUCCGAUCAAAAAACCAACAAUCCUAAGAAAUGCAAAUUUUGGGGUUGUUCAAAAGGAGCUCGAGGGGCAUCCGGUCUUUGUAUUGGUCAUGGGGGUGGGCAGAGAUGUCAAAAAGCAGGAUGCAAUAAGGGUGCUGAGAGUCGAACUGCCUACUGUAAGGCCCAUGGUGGCGGGAAGAGGUGCCAGCACUUGGGAUGUACUAAAAGUGCUGAGGGGAAGACAGAUUACUGCAUAGCACAUGGUGGUGGCAGACGUUGUGGGCAUCCGGGAGGUUGUACUAAGGCAGCACGAGGCAAGUCAGGGCUUUGCAUUAGGCAUGGUGGGGGGAAGAGGUGUCAGGUGGAAGGCUGCACUCGCAGUGCUGAGGGGCUGGCUGGCUUGUGCAUCUCUCAUGGGGGUGGGCGCCGGUGCAAGUACCAGGGAUGUACAAAGGGUGCUCAAGGCAGCACUAUGUUUUGCAAGGCUCAUGGUGGUGGGAAGCGUUGCAUAUUUGCAGGGUGCACAAAAGGAGCUGAAGGGAGCACACCAUUGUGCAAGGGACAUGGUGGGGGAAAGCGCUGCCUUUAUGAUGGUGGUGGGAUCUGCCCAAAGAGUGUCCAUGGAGGCACCAACUUUUGUGUUGCCCAUGGUGGUGGGAAAAGGUGUGCUAUUGCAGGCUGCACAAAGAGUGCACGUGGGCGCACUGAUUGUUGUGUUAGACAUGGUGGGGGGAAGCGGUGCCGUUUCGAGAACUGUGGGAAGAGUGCUCAAGGUAGCACCAAUUUCUGCAAAGCCCAUGGUGGGGGGAAACGUUGCUCUUGGCUACAAUGCAAGUGCGAGAAAUUUGCAAGGGGAAAGAGUGGGCUAUGUGCUGCACACACCAGCAUGGCUCAGGAGCAGGAGCGGGCAACAAACAAGCGAGGUAUGAUUGGAGCUGAACUCUUCCGUGGGCUUGUUUCUAUUGCUUCGACUGCCGGGAGCAACCUUGAAAAUAAUUAUUCUUCCUCAGGAAUCACGAUCUCUGACUGCGCUGAUUCACUAGAACAACCGGCCAAAUGCCAACAUCUCAUACCACAUCAGGUAUUGGUUCCUCAAUCAAUGAAGUCCUCAUCAUCUAUAUCCGGGUUGUUGAGUGCUGAGAUAAAAGAGGUAGGAAACUAUGGUGGUGAUGGCAAGGUUGGCAGGAAGAGCCUUGACUUAGUGAUUCCGGAGGGUAGGGUUCACGGUGGGGGACUCAUGUCAUUUUUUGGUGGGAAUCUGAAUAAUGCAAUUGAUGGGAUCUGAAUAAUGCUUUUAAAUUUAUUUUUUUUUUGUGUGAAUUAGGAACUUCUUUUCCUUGUUUUCCUUUGGUUGGUUUUGGGUGUAUGUAGUUGUAUAUAAAGUUUGGUGUUUAUUGUAGACAUUGAUAUGUAGUUUGCCCUCGUUAAAUUGGGCUAUUCAUGCUCUAUUUUAUUCAAGUUCCUAGUGCUUUUGCCCUUUAAAAAACUAGCGUGAAAAUGCAGUGUAUGGCAAUCCACUGCCUUUGAGGCAAUUUGGAGGA